AAUACUACACAACACACAAUACUAUACAACACAUAAUACUACACACCGCACAAUAUUAUACAAAGCACAAUACUUCACACCCCACAAUAUUACACACUACACAAUACUAUAAAACACGUAAUACUAUACACUACACAAUACUACAUACGCAUAAUACAAAUACUACACAUUGCACAACACUACAUGUGACACAGUAAUACACACUAUACAAUACUACACACUGCACAAUACCGCACUCCACACAAUACUACGCAUGACACAGUAAUGCACACUAUACAAUAAUAUACAAUACUACAUACUGCACAAUACUAUACAAAUACUACACAUUGCACAAUACUACAUGUGACACAGUAAUACACACUAUACAAUACUACAUGCUGCACAAUAUUACACAUGACACAGUAAUACACAGCAUACAAUACUACACAAUAUUACACACUGCAUUAUAUGCAUGAUAUAACACACAGCAAAAUAUAACAUACACUGCACAAUACUACACACCGCACAAUAUAGCACACUGUACAAAACUACACACUUCAUUAUACGCAUGAUAUACAACACACAGCAAAAUGUAUCAUAUACUGCACAAUACUACAUGUGGCAUACACACUGUAUAAUCUAACACAUAGCAUAAUAACACACACACUGCACAAUACUAGGUAACACACACUACAUAAUCUAACACACAUGCGUCACAAUAAUACACACAUCAAAAUACAACACACACGUCGCACUCCUACACAAUGCAUAAUAUGACACUGCACAAAGCACAAUAUAUCACACACUGCACAUUAUGACACGCAGCAUAACACACUGCACAAUACUACACACUGUAUAGUAUUACACACUGCACAAUACUGAGCACACUCUGGGGCAUACUAUCCCCACCAGUCAUUACACACUGUACAGCACACAGGAUAACACACUCUGCACACUAUCAAUCAUACUGCGGGGUGUCGGGUUGUGGACGGUGACAGAGCUCAGGUGGGACUGGUUGCGGAGAACAAUGGUUUGGGGAUCCUGGAAUACGGAUCGCGUCUCGCCUGGACUGGGAGGCGAUGGGGCGCACACUGCGCAAUGAGGACGCACACACCCCCCUGACAAUGGGCGCCUCGACUGAGCGGAUUACCCCAGCCAUGUCCCCACUCCGGCUUCCACAAAGAGUGCUCAGCCCCACUGCUAGCAUGUGAGUACUCUCAGCAAAGUGGCCUGCUCCCCAUGCUAUGGACACUCCGCAUCAUCACGGCUGCAUUCCCGGGCCCCUCUAUCUCCUCCAACAUCCGUGUGCAAACUUCCCAUGUCCAUCUGCUAUGACAUACAUCCCUGCCGAUGAUCUGCAUGAACAUUCCAGAACCACCCUGAGCCCCUACAGCUACCCGCUGAGCACAAACCAUGGCUUAGAGGAGCCCUUGCUGAGCAGCAUGCAUCCGUUAAAGAGUGUAGGGUGCCAAUUCGUGGGCGGAGAUUGCCACCCUCUUCGAGCAUGGCAAGUAGGCAACACGGCACCCGGUGCUAUGGCUGAACCCAGGCUGUAUCGGAGCUUGGAGAACCUACAUUGGGCAGAGUCAAGCGUGUUUGCACACUACAGAAACUUGGAUAGCGAAUUUAUUCUGCACUGUAGAAGCACGCGCAAUCUGUCGGAAGGGUUGGGGGAGAACUUGCCUGUCCAGGGCGUGACGGACAAAGUUGCCUUUCACCGGGACCUGCCGAUGCCCCCUCUUGCCAAACUUCACCAUUGGCUUUUCCCUACAGUGGACGACAAGGUCUCCUACAGUGAUGCCAAACGGGAACUGAAAGAAAAGCUCAGAACUCACAGCUCCAAGACCGUGGAGCCCGCUAGGCCUAUUCGCCCACAGACUCUGAUAGCCGACUGUGUGGCCAGAACCCCGGGGGAAAGGCCAUGCCACCACUGUAAACGUAUGUUGGCCUGCUGCACACCUUCUGCACUUUCGAAUAGCACAAAUGCCGUGGUCAGGCAUUGCACAAGCUUUUUAGCCCACAGGACUACUCCAGAGCACAUAAAGCAGGAGGCCAGGAGACGGCUACAACUACGAAGGCAAAACAGUUCGCCAAACCUGACGCUGUACCAAGGAGAGGCCGGCGGUGGUGGUUUGGUCAAGUCAAAGACUGCCGAGUCCUUCAGUGAGCGGAGACUGUGUCCUGGGAAAGGUUGGGAAACAGACCCCGCUAAAAGGCCAGGCACUAAGGGCAAAUUGUACAUCCCAACAUUCGAAGAGUUCAAGAGAAUGCGCAACAAGGAGAAAAACGCCACGACAAAGGGGGACGAGGGUUCGGAAAUUGCUGAAUCCUUGGCCAAAAAUAAGCCGGAGCAAGACUAUAAAGAUGGAAACUCUCACUGGACAGUUAAUACAAACACCCCCAACCACAGGCCAGACCAAGAGACAAUGACUAUGGAGGAUACAUCUUUAUCCCCGGCCAUCGAAAGCAGCGAGACAUCGAACCCCCGACCCAGGAUGUGUUUGAGCAAUGGCAAUGCUGACGGCACAGCUCCACUCCCUGUAGAGUAUAGCCCAUUAGACAACAGAGCUUGCCCUUCAUAUCGGCCUGCUUUCACCGCUCCCAUUUGUUCCAGUCCUGUUCCGAGUUUCCCAUUCCAGGCUCUAACCAUGCAUAGUGAGAAAGACCAGCUUGUGUGUGAACCCCAUGAUGAUGCACGUAGAUUGGGUGGAUUCCCUGGUGUGGCCGAGCAUGGUCAUCCUUCUGAAGCCCACUCUUCUUGCUGUCCGUCUUUGAUUCUAGAGGCAACUGACUUGUCCGGCUACAGUGCCAAGCUGCAGAAGAUGAGGGAUGGCCUCAUAGGGUCCGCUCUGGACCUCAUCAAGAAAAGUUGCAGCGCUGACAGCGGUGAGCCUCCAGCCAGCGGAUCAUGUGACAUCCCGAAAACUGAUAGCAGCGCGUCAGAGGGACAGAGCUGUCAAUCACCCGCCGUCUCCAUGGCAACGCCAAGCUGCCAGAACGCACUAAGCACCGAGGUGCCCUCUGACCUCAAACCCAGUCUCUGCAGUCCCGGGUGUCGGAGGUCGAGCUCAGACAUGACUCAUGAAGCCGGUGACUCAGGGAAAAGCCAGCGUGGCUGCCGCCUGCGCCCGCACUUCAGUGACCCCAUGCCCACGGACGCAGUGAAGAGGAAACAGCUGGAGCUGAAGAUCGCAGCGGCGGCCCGGCAACACGCACAUCGGCAGAGGCAGGAGAAGGAGAAUGGGCCGAUGUUGAUGAAAGCCAACACCACCACUUCCUGCAGCUCCGGCAAAGAGGGGAACCACUCAUCAAGACGCUCCUAUCGGUCGCGCCAUCGCUGGAGCAACAUCAGCAGCUUGAGCACGGACAGUGGCAUCGUCGGAGUCAGCGACGAGAGAGACGAGUGCGAAGGGAGCACCAGGCCGCCCAAGCCCGGGGAGGUGGAGCGGGUGGACAGCGGCAUUGGGGAUGCCUUAUCUCGGAGGUGGAGAGCCAGGGUGGCGGAAUGCAGCGCUUCUUUGGAGGCCUGGGAGGCCCACCGGCCUUGCAUAGACUGCGGGGAGAGCAAUUUCGCCAUGGACACUGAGAGCCGGGGAAAGAGGAGAGAGACCCUGUGCAUGAGAUGCCUCACCCGCCGCAUGGAGCGCAAGGAAGCCGUCCUAGAAUUCGUCAACACAGAGACAAGUUACAGGGAGGAUCUGAGGAUCAUUAAAGAGGAAUUCUACCUCCCAAUGCAGACGGCGGGAUUACUGACUCAGGAGCAGCUGGUUGUCGUGUUCAGCAACAUACAAGAACUCAUCGAACUCAAUGAGAAGUUCCUUGAGGUCCUCCAAGAAGAGAUUGAUCAAGCGUUUGACCAGGGUGACGAUGACCUGAUGACAAUCUGCAUCGGGGAGAUCUUCUUGGACUUCGUCAACAUGCUGCCGGCCUUCCAGACCUACUGCCUCCAGCAGCCGACAGCGGUGGCUACGCUCAACGCCCUGGAGAAGGAGAAGGAGCUCCUAAGGAUAUUCCUAGACGUGUCCCAGAAUGACAACACCGCCCUUCGUCGCAUGAACUUGCGCUCAUUCCUGAUGGCUCCACUUCAAAGGGUCACCAAGUACCCCCUCCUUCUGAGCCGGAUCCUAAAAAGCACCACCGAGUUCCACCCGGACCAUGGCAGCCUGUGGGAGGCCAAAAGCCGAAUCGAAUCGCACUUAGAACACAUCAAUAUGAAAACCAAACAGGAGGGCAACACAUGGACCCUGCGAUCCUUCCGGAGGGAGAGCAGGAAGAACCGAGAGGUGACCAACAUCGAGAUGAGGGAGAUGGCCAUCAAGCUGGUCGGUUGGCCAAGAGAGGAGACCCGCUUUAUAAAGGAGGGACCUUUACAGUUUGCACAGCCGACGGACGGGCAGUGGGUCAAGAAAGGUGGCAAAUCUCUGAAGUUCCAGAACAUUCACGCCCUGCUGAUGGUCAACGCAAAGAGGACCUCCGACUCCGGGUUGGAAGGAACCUCUUUGGAGAAAACUGUCAAAGACGCCGUUUUGGUUCUUAUAAAGGACAAAAGUAAUGGGAAGUUUGCGGCCCUCAGGGACCCCCUGAGGUUGGGACAAUGUGUGGCAUCCAUGGACCCCGACUGUGAGGAAAUAUUUGAACUCUUGGAGAUCAGGAAAGAAGGUUAUGUGUUUCGGGACAGUGACAGUUCCCGAACUCAACACUGGUUCCGGCAGAUUAAAAGCUUCUCCCAGGAACUUGGGUCAUGGCAAAGACGCCGCAACGCCCUUCCAAAUAUAAUGAUAAGCACAGUGCAAAACCGCUCCUCAAACUGACAUUGGGGUGGUGGUCCGAUCCCCCCCCAUCCGCACAAGUGUGGACAACACUGGGCCACGUCUGUCUUGGGUUAAUAAGGGGUUGUUGUUAUAUAAGCACAUGUUCUAUAUAUGCAGAUCUCAGCUGUUAACCUUCCAGAACAUUCAGGUUGUCCGUCCUCUGCUCAGCCAAUCCUAAAACAAUGUGUGACAACUGGGCUCCUCCAGCUAGAUUCAGAGGCUGGGCUCCUCCAGACUGAGUCAAAAGCUGGGCUCCUCCACACUAAAACAGAGGCCUGGCUCCUCCACACUAAAACAGAGGCCUGGCUCCUCCACACUAAAACAGAGGCCUGGCUCCUCCACGCUAAAACAGAGGCUGGGCUCCUCCAGACUGAAUCAGAGGCUGGGCUCCUCCAGACUGAAUCAGAGGCUGGGCUCCUCCAGACUGAA